CGGGAAGAGUCUUUGAGCAAUACUUUAGGCAUUAUUCUGAUUUAGUAUUGUGAUUUGGUAUAUUGUUUUAAUAGUUAUUCUGAUUAGCAGUGAGUGAGUGAGUGAGUGAGCCAAACCCUCAGCAGCGGCGGGAGCAUCUUUCUGCCAAGCUCUCUCGCUCUCGCUUAAUCGGACUUUUGUUUGAGCCUCAACUCUCCCACAAUUCUCCGGCUCCCGCUCGAUGAUCGUCGGCUGCACGUGUUGAUGUUGUUGUUGCAGCAACUGUUGAGCGUGGGUUGUGGUGAAUUUUUGGUGGGUGUUUGUUAGGCGUCGCAGUUGGAGUCUCGGGACCAGGGUUUUUGCGACACUGGAGUUUUUACGUCUGUGCAUGGUGCAGAGCGGUUGAGUGCUGAGUGUGUGAGUGGAUGUUAUUGCGUGUUGGAGAGGGGAGGAGAGAUUGCUCGGGGUUUGCGUUUCUUUCGUGGAUGUUUUCGAAUAGGGAACGGUGGGCUUGUGGUGUUGAAUUAGGGUUGUGGAGAGGGUUUUUUAGUGGAGAUUGAGUGGGCGCUGAUUUCCAGUUGGAAGGAGGAGAUUUGGGGUUGUUACAGAUGGCGGAGGCGGAAUUAGUGUCCUUGUUUGAGAAGGCGAGCAAUGCUGCAGAGAAGGCUGUUAGCGAUGGAGCCGUCUUGGCCGCCGAGGAGAUGCGGUGUCAGGAGGCGUUGAAGGCCAUGGGCGCCGUCGAAGUGAGCACGUCGAUACUGUUAUCGACGCAGGUUGGCAAGCGGCUGCGCAAGCUAACAAAACAUCAGUCCUCGAAAAUAUCGGGUUCUGCACAGCAGCUUCUGGAAAAAUGGAAGAAGGUGGUCGCAGAUGAAGCUGCAAUCAAGAGCGGCACCUCAAAGGAAGUCUCGCCCACCAUUAAACCCGAAACCCCAGGUAGGACACCGCCAGCAACCGUGGUAAAGAAGGAAGUUAAGACAGAAGUGAAAGUUUAUACUUCGAAGACUUCCAGGGCGGAUACUAAGAAUGCCGUUCCAUCUCCGAAAGUGGAAUCGACGAACGUUUCUCCAUCUCCAAGGGUAGAAACGAAGAAUGUCCGUGCAAUGCCCCAGCCUCACCCUGCCGGUAAGAGCGCUACUCCGUUGGCACCCCAGUCCCACGUCGCAGGGAAAAUUGCAGCUUCGUCAACAGCGCCAUCAAGCUCAGCAAAUAGUACAGCAAAUGGCACAGCUAAUGGCUCUGGAUUUCAACCAAAGGUUGGAAACCUUACGAAGGCUGGGGAUUCCACCCGGGACAGAUUCCGGGAAUUCCUCAUUGAAGCUUUUAAGAAGUGUUGCAGUGAGGUUACAGAUGAACAUCUUGCGAUGGUGAAGAAGACGGACUUAGUGAGAGUGGCAGUAGCUGUGGAAAGUGCAUUAUUUUCCAAGCUCGGACAAUCUAAAGGAAGUGAAAAAGCAAAAUACAGGUCCAUUAUGUUUAAUCUCAAGGAUCAGAACAAUCCAGAUUUUAGAAGACGCAUCUUGAUCGGCGAGAUCAAACCGGAGGAAAUUGCUAACAUGACUGCCGAUGACAUGGCUAGUGAUGCAAGGAAGAAGGAGAACGAGAGCAUCAGAGAGAAGGCUCUGUUUGAAUGUGAGCGAGGGCUGCAGAACGUGGCAUCCACUGAUCAGUUCAGGUGUGGCAAGUGCGGGCAACGUAAGACAACGUACUUCCAACUCCAGACUCGGAGUGCCGAUGAGCCCAUGACUACAUUUGUCCAGUGUGUAAAUUGCAACGCUCGUUGGAAGUUUUGUUGAUACUUGAAAGUUCCUUUUCUCUUUAAUGGCCUUCAUAGUGUCGAUCUUCAGUUUCCUCCUAAUUUGUUGUAGGAUAAGGGGUCCUUGCGAACAAGCAAGUAGGAGAGAUACCAAUUCAAGCAGGGUUAAUAGUAAGAGGUAGAUAGAAUCGAUUCGAAAUGCACCUGCUUUGCUCGAAACUAUGAUUUUUAGAUUCUCUCGUGGAUUUAGCAUUCGUGUUGUGGAAAUUUUUAUUGCCCAACUCUGUAUUACUGGAAUUAAUGAAAGCACGAUGACAAUUUCCUGCAA